AAUGGAUAGUUUGAAAAAGGAACAUUCUUAUACAUAUUGGGUUAAAAAUGACCCUAAUCAUCCUAAAAUAGAUUGUUAACCAAAGAAAGUGGAAAACCCUUCUUAAGUGUAACAAGUGCAAACAAUAGGAUCUUAAUGGAAUGUAUCAGGAACAUGGGAGGAAAUGAAAGUACCCAUGAGUGAAAUCAAGAAAUCACUUGAAAAUAUAAUAGGAGUAAGAGUUACAUUUAAUAUCUAUUUUUAGAUGAAGAUUGGUUAGACUAAGAUUUCAGCAAUAGAAUCUGUUGAUGGAGAAGCUCAUCUAUAUUUGAGUAGAGGUAAGAAGAGAAUGGGUUAUCAUUUGAAAAUAACAUAUACAUUAGAAGAUGAUGGAUAAAUUAAAUAUACAGACUUUACUGAUGAUGGAGAUAGAGAUGUAAUAAUUGAAUAUUUAUAUAAAGUAUAUACUUGAAGAUGUCACUGAUGAGACAGUCAAGCAUUAAAUUGAAGAUUUACAUAUGAGAACUAAAGAAUUUGUAGAAAUAUUUAAGAAUUGA